GUGUAUAAAUAUUUAUCAUCUUCUUCCCUAGCUUCUUCAUUAUUAACCACAUCAUAGGAAUCAUGUUUGUCAUCUACAUUUUCCUCUUGCUCUCUUCAUCGGCCAUUAUAGAUUCCAAUGGGUUAGUCAUGGCUCAAAAGUUGGAAGCAAUUGGUGGAAAAGGAGGCAAGCAGUGGGAUGAUGGAGCAGACUAUGACUAUGUAACAAAGGUUUAUAUACGAGGUGGUCGUGAAGGAAUUCACUAUAUCAAAUUUGAUUAUGUCAAGGAUGGGCAAGCCAUAGAUGGAUCCAUCCAUGGUGUUUUGGGUGAUGGUUUUACACAUACGUUAGAGAUUGACCAAUCCAGUUAUGAACAUAUUGUAUCUAUUGAUGGUUACUAUGAUGACAAAACUGGUGUGAUGCAAGCACUUCAAUUCAAAACCAACCUGAAGACUUUUGAAUUGAUUGGAUAUCCAAAGGGUGCUACUAAGUUUUCACUUGGAGUAAAUGGCAAGAUUAUGAUUGGCUUCCAUGGAUUUGCAGGGAAAUCUCUAAACUCCCUUGGAGCAUAUGUAACAGCGGCUACUCCUAUUAAAUCGGAACUCGUAGGUGGUUUAUAUGGAGGCAUAUAUUGGGAUGAUGGUCCCAAUUAUGACGGUGUAAGAAAGAUGUAUGUUACUUAUACUAACUAUCUUAUAAGAAGUAUCAGCACCGACUAUGACAAAGAUGGUCAAGUGGUAACAUCUUAUCAUGGGAGCAAAGAUGGAGAGACAAAAGAGUUUGCAAUCGACUAUCCAAACGAAUAUUUGACAUCAGUGUCUGGUACCUACAACACGAUCCCCGAGGAUGGCGUUUUGGUCGUUAGGUCUUUGAUUUUUAAAACAUCGAAAGAAAGAAUUUCUCCUACGUAUGGAUUUGUGUCUGGCACUGAAUUUGUGUUUGAGAGACAAGGUUAUGUUAUUAAUGGGUUUCAUGGACGUGAUGGUGGUGGUUUCGAUGCUAUAGGAGUUUAUUUCAAACCGAUGGUUACUUAGUAAUUCAGAAUUAUGAAGAUAAUAAACUUUUAGGGUUCCAUGGAAAAAUAAUGGUGCUAUAAUGAUCUCUUAUCUGUUACGUACUUUGUUUCCUUUACUUGUUGCCGGUCUCAGAUGUUGUUAAUUUGAUGUUUUAUUUCCUUUUCAAAAUCUCAUGUAACAAAACAAGGUUUAAUUACUCAAAUCUUUUUUUAAUGUUUCUAUAAUAAGAGCUAUUGGUUUGGACAGAAA